AUGCUUCGGCUUAACCUGAAGCAAUGGGGCGGCUUACCAUGCCGAUAUCUAAGGGUUUCAUUUCCUAGAUCAGAAAGCAGGUUACUGUUUCCCUGUGAGCCAAGAUCACAACCAAUCCAGACGUUGAGAUUGAACCUUCAACGACAAAUUCAUCAUCAAGUUCCCAGCCCAAGGACAUCUCAAACGUUUGCAGCUCCUGAUGACACCAUUUACGCCCUCUCUUCCGCACAAGGAAGAGCCGGCAUAGCCGUCAUCCGCAUCUCUGGCCCGGACUGCUUAGAGAUAUACCGACGUCUCUGCCCUGGCAAAAAACCACCCAAGCCACGGUAUGCGGCCGUCAGGACUCUCUACGCACCGGAAGAUGGACCAGGAACGCCGGAAGUUCUAGACUCGGGUGCCCUGGUCCUCUUCUUCCCAGGUCCCAAGACCGUAACCGGCGAGGACGUCCUCGAGCUGCACACGCACGGCGGUCGGGCGACGGUCAAGUCGGUACUGUCCGCGAUCCCGCGGUGCGCCCCGGCGGCGUCGCGCGUGCGGUAUGCGGACCCGGGCGAGUUCACACGGCGCGCCUUCUUCAACGACCGUCUCGACCUCGCGCAGGUUGAGUCGCUCGGCGACGCGCUAGACGCAGAGACGGAGCAGCAGCGUCGCGCCGCCGUGCGGGGCUCCUCGGGUCGCCUGGGCGCAUCGUACGACAACUGGCGCGAGAGGCUCCUCCUCGCCCGCGCCGAGAUCGAGGCCCUGAUCGACUUCUCCGAGGACCAGCACUUUGACGAGAGCCCACGAGAGCUGCUGCAGAGCGUCGUGGCUCAGGUGCGCGACAUCCUCGCCCUCAUCGCCCUGCACGAGAUGGGUUCAAAACGGAGCGAGCUCCUGCGCAAAGGCAUCAGGAUCGCGCUGCUGGGCCCGCCCAACGUCGGCAAAAGCUCGCUCAUGAAUCUGAUCGUGGGCCGGGAGGCUUCCAUCGUCUCCACCGAGGCAGGGACCACGAGGGACAUUGUCGAGGCGAGUCUGGACAUACGGGGCUACCUUUGCACGUUUGCCGAUACUGCAGGGUUCAGGACUGAAGAGAUGGCUGACGCCUCGGCGCCCGCGGAGAUUGGCAUCGUCGAAAAGGAAGGAAUUCGCAGGGCGAGAUCGAAGGCCCUUGGCUCAGAUAUCGUCGUGGUUCUAGCAUCUGUCGAGAAAGGGGGGGACGGCGAGUACUCGAUCUGUUACGAGCAAGAGACGGUCCAGCUUGCAGCGCAAGCCCCGCAGAGCCUUGUCGUAAUCAACAAGAGCGAGCAGGUCCCCGCGUCAGCACUCAAAACGCUCGUGGCAGACUUCCAAAGACGCGUCUUGGCACCGUUUCCAGGCCUCCAAGGUGCUGAGCCGCUCGUAAUAUCAUGCAUGGAGGGUGGCAGCGCUGACGCCGUAAGGCUGAAGAAUAAAGAGGCCGAUCCCGGGGCUAUCCAUGCUCUGGUAGACAGCCUGUCGGCCCGCUUCGAGAGUUUGACAUCGCUUCCUGACGACAUGCAGGACCUUUUGGGGGUCACUGAACGUCAGGGUCAGCUGUUGGCUAGAUGCCGUGGUCAUCUGGAUGACUUCAUUGUAGAAUCUACCAGGGGUUCCGAGGAAUCUGGCAGCAAGAUUUAUCAGCACGAAGAGGACAUAGACGUUGUUCUCGCUGCUGAACAUCUCCGCUACGCCGCCACUGCUCUGGCCGAGAUAACGGGUCGUGGCGGUUCCGGAGACACUGAGGAGGUUCUUGGUGUCAUAUUUGAAAAGUUUUGUGUGGGUAAAUAA